UCGGGAUUGUCACAGCCUCUGUAUAAUAGGUACAAGGUACCGACUGGACGGAUAUACCGGUACAACUACACGCCUAUCGGUGGCGUGCUCGAUCUCGACCACAUGUUCCUCCUCCUCCUCCUCCUCCUCUCUUCCUCUCUCCCUCUUCCCUCGAUUCCCCGUUUCCCCGAUUCCCCCGAGAUCUUACUCAGCCGAGUAGCGAGUGCGGUAGGUACGGUUCCUACUCGCUCGAUGCUCGAUUGCGCGGACAAGAUUUCUUCGGUACUUUGCUUCUUUACUCGCACGACGAGUAUGAUAGGUACGUUUCUCUCCUCGGCGGGGACGAAGGGGUCUAGAUCGUCGGUACUUCGCCUUCGGUGCUGAGUGAUAGGUACAUGUCUUCCUCUCCCUCUCUCUUCCCACUAGCGUUUCCGCAGGUUCGGUGGUCGGUGGCGUACACACGCUUGUCUCUGUAUGUCUCUGUAUGUCUCUGUAUGUCUCUGUAUGUCUCUGUAUGUCUCUGUAUGUCUC